AUGUCCAAUUUUCGCUACGUCCCCUUGCGAAAACGACAGACGCUGGGUGGCGUUUCUGGUUCCGUAGUAGUCGCUAACCCAACACCAACCGCAACUGCUCUCGCCCAAAAUACUACAGCCGCACCUGAUUCAGGUUCUGCGACGGGUAUCCAGCUCGUUUCCUCGACACCGUCCCCAUCGUCCACUUUGUCGUCCAAUCCAUCUGCUGCGACUACCUCAUCCCCUAGUUCAUCUUCUGGCGAUAACAUAUCAUUAAGCACCGUCAUUGGUGCGUGCGUCGGUGUAUUCAUCCUACUCGUACUCGUCAUAUCUUUGGCAAUCCACUGCUCGAGGCGGCAGAAGCCGCAGCGCCGUGGGAACCCUCCCCUUACUUCACCCACUUCGCAGUUCCGCAAUGUUGCGAACAACCUGUCCCGCCGGCGCUCUCAUCUGGAGCCAUGGGAUCGUCUAGAUGAUGAAAAAGAAGGCCAUCAGAAUGCGACGGCGUUGACACAAAGGCCUCCAUCCGGGCCGAUGGAGAAGCUGGGUGCGAUCACAAAUUCUGGAGAAAAGUCCUUUGACGACCACGGAAACCGCGAGUCCGUCAGCACGAUGCAGCACUUUGCCAAGUAUCAUCCUGGCUUGGCUGAGGAAAUGGCGUCCAAACCUGCUCCAACAGGUUAUAUCGUUGUUACCAAACCUCCCCCUGUCCAGCAGUUCUUGGGCCGCGCCCAAGCUGAUGGUGUGCCAACCGUCUCAUGGGACGGUGAGACUGCCGGCGGGGACUCAUUCCUCACCAUGCGCUCACAUCUAUCUGGCACUAUGUCACCUACUAUGACCAUGGCGAAAUCCACGCCACCUGCAACCGUGUCUGGGUCGCAUCGCUGGGAGAGUGCAGAAGUUGGUCAUAUUGAUGUACUUGGCUCAGGGUUGUCAGAAGCGGGUGACUCCCGCAAUCCUUUUGCGGAUGCAGCUUCCGUCAAGAGCAGCAUCAGCCGACGCGUCACUAACCCGUUCUUCAACGCGCAAGAAAAACCCCAGAAGCGCACGCUCCUUGCUAACACCGCACCCGAUUCCAAUCCCUUUGCUGACUCAAACGCUGCCGUCCCAAGACCUUUCCUUGAAGCCCGCUCAAAUAGCGAUACCAGCUCUGGCAGCUCCCACGCCAUGCAAUCGCUUAUCGCUGCCCUAGACAUGCCAGUCGAGGAAGUGCAGGAGCGUCUGCGCGUGGCGUCGAUGCAAUCAUCGUAUUACUCACGCGCAUCGACGAUUGACGAUGUUGACGCUGUGAGCGUGACAGCCUUCCCAUACCCCCCAACGCAAGUUCCACUCGGAUGA